GGCCCAGAGCCCAAACCAAAUCAAAAUUUCAUCCUUUUCAAAACAUAGGAUCAGAUUUUUUUCUUCUGCUCUCAUUUUCCCCAAAAAGUUUAUCUUCCCUCUCAAAUUCUGGUAACAAGAAUUAAUGUUAGUAGCAUAAUUUAGCUGAAAUGAUUAUCUACUCAGGCCCCCUUCACCACCCUGUUCUUCCUCCUUGCACCAAAUCCUCCCAUUUCCGGCCACACAAAAAUCUCUCCCUAACCAGCCACAGCCACACCGCUUUCCAAUACUUACCAAUGACUGCUCGUCGCGACCAUUUGCUGCCACCCCUUUCCGCCGGCUCGAAUGUGAGUGAAGAUACUGAUGAUAUGUAUGAUGACUUAUUCGAAAAGUAUGGGAAGGUGGUGUUCAAGAGAAAUGACCAAAAGUCUGUUAUAGCAGAGGUUGAUGAUGAUGCCGAAAGCUUGUCAUUUGCUGUAGCACUGGCCAAGGUUGCUAGUGAUGUAAAAGCAGCAGAUAUAAAGCUUCUUUUUGUAAAACCUCUAGUUUACUGGACUCGGUUUUUCAUCAUCGCCACUGCAUUUUCUCGACCUCAGGUUGAUGCUAUUGGUUCCAGAAUAAGAAAUUUAGCUGAAACAGAAUACGGGAGAACCGCAACUGGAGAUUUCAAGCCCAACUCUUGGACAUUGCUAGACUUCGGUGAUGUAGUUGUACAUAUAUUUCUUCCACCACAGAGGGAUCAUUACAACUUGGAAGAGUUCUAUGCAAAUGCAACGCCUAUCGAAUUACCUUUCGAGGACCAGCAACCUUUCCGCAAUUGAAAUGUAAUCAGAAAUUAUGCUCAGUUUGAACUCCAUAUGAUUAUUAGACCAUCAAAGUUGAAGAAGAUUGCGUAUAGGAUAUGUCACACACGCCUUUGUUGUAGCAAUUGAUUAAGAAGAACAUUUAUUCAGAGUGCAUUGUGCA